AUGUCCUCUGUCGCCACCGUCACCCCCGUCACCGCCAACCUCUGCCCCGACGACACCGGCGCCGCCGCCCCCCACUUCGCUGCCGCGCGCGUCCUCCCUGCCACCUGCUUACUCCCCAACGACAUGUCACCGGCCUCCUCCACGACCCGACCAUGCACCGAUGCCCCCAUCGCCGCCAACCUCCGCCCCAACGACACCAGCACCGCCACCCUCACUUCGCCGCCGCGUCCUCCCCGCCGGCCGCUUCCUCCCCAACGAUACGCCACUGGCCUCCUCCCCGACCCGGCUGCUGGCGCCCGCCCCGCCACUCCGCCGCCUCCUCCCUCGACGACGCCGCCGCCGCCCCCCACUUCGCCGCCACGGUUGUCCUCCUCCUCCACCCACUGGCCGCGCGUCCUCCCCGACCCGGCCACCGCCGGCGCCUCCUCCGCCCCUCCACGAGCGCGCGUGGCCGGCCGUGGGCUCAUGUCUUCUCUACUGAUGUAA